AUGCGAACCACCGAGAAAAAGAAGGAUAACUUCUCUCGACUCGAAAAAAUCGCCUACUGUGGCGUCUGCUAUGCCGGGUUCGUGCAUAUACACAACCGCAACAAGCACAUGGGCUCCAUAGCCUGCCACAAAAAUUUAAGGAAGAAAAAAAGAAAGGCACUUACACCUGCGCUCAAUGCCAACGUCGACCGCCAAAGGCUUCUGGAAAUCUAUGGAGACGACCCACUCCUCGACAUUAGACCGUACAGUGACAUCGUGUAUGACAUUGAGCCGCACGGCCCCCAUCUCCCGGAAUUACCCAAGCAGGCGUUCCAGAAAGUAGAGUAUACCUUCGACGAGGAGUUCAGAAUCAUGCAGAACAUUUACAAGAUCGAGGAAUGCUACAACAGGUUCUACCCCUGGCGCGAAUUCAACCACAACUAUUUGCCAGCGGCGGUGGCAAUCUUUAACAUGGAGCAGGCCCAGUUUAACAAAACUUCUGCCGAGUAG